GGACCAGAAACCCAAACAGAAACAUCCAAUCUUCUCCGUAAGCAACAGAAAUCGUCACACGCUUUUAGUUAAUAUCAGACGGCGCCGUCAACUAAAUCUGUUAAUGAACUAGGGUUUCGUUUUUUCUCCCAACAGUUUAUUCAAUUUUGAAUAAUCUUUCUUUGGGUUUUAAUUGAUUUCAAAAAAAAUAAAAAAAUGGAGGAAUACAAUCAUCAGAUGAGCGAAAACACGAAUUCCAGGAACACCGGUUCUUUUCUGUACGGCGGUCCGGUUCUUCCACCGAGCUCUUCCGUUUACGGCGGCGGAGCUAGCAGCGGAUCGAGCAACCACCACCACCACCACCACCAUCAACACAACCAGUUGCUGCCGGUGAGUACCUUCCAUCUUCAAUCCGGUGACUGUUAUGAUAAUUCCGAUCAGAAUCAAAAUCAUCAGAAUCAGAAUCCGACGUCUGUGAAAACUGAAGCGGUUAGUUCACUGAAUCAGGCUCCUUGGUUCCACAAUCCUUCUGUAAUUAGAGGGCACCACCAUCAAACUGUUCAAGAUCAUCAUCACAGUCAAAGUCAACACCGGCGACCGGAAACCGAACCCGCCGGCGAAGUUGAUGCUAUUAAAGCCAAGAUCAUCGCCCACCCUCAGUAUUCCAAUCUUCUCGAAGCUUACAUGGAUUGUCAAAAGGUGGGAGCUCCGCCGGAGGUGGUGGCACGGCUGGCGGCGGUGCGGCAAGAGUUUGAAGCGAGGCACCGCGCCGGUGGGAGAGAUGAUUCCAAGGAUCCAGAACUAGACCAGUUCAUGGAAGCGUACUAUGAUAUGCUGGUGAAAUACCGAGAAGAGUUAACGAGGCCAUUACAAGAAGCCAUGGAUUUCAUGCGACGCAUCGAAACACAGCUCAACAUGCUAACUAAUGGUCCUGUCCGGAUCUUCCACAACUCCGACGACAAGUGCGAGGGAGUCGGUUCGUCGGAAGACGACCAAGACAACAACAGUGGCGGAGAAACGGGCCAACCCGAAAUAGAUCCACGGGCCGAAGAUAGGGAGCUGAAAAACCACCUCUUGAAAAAAUACAGUGGCUAUUUAAGCAGCCUCAAACAAGAACUCUCCAAGAAGAAAAAGAAAGGCAAACUCCCGAAAGACGCCCGACAAAAAUUACUUAGCUGGUGGGAAUUGCAUUACAAAUGGCCUUAUCCUUCGGAAUCGGAGAAGGUGGCGUUGGCUGAAUCGACCGGUUUGGAUCAGAAGCAGAUAAAUAAUUGGUUUAUCAACCAAAGAAAAAGGCACUGGAAGCCGUCGGAGGAUAUGCAGUUUAUGGUGAUGGACGGGCUUCAUCCGCAAAGUGGGGCCCUCUACAUGGAAGGCCAUUAUAUGGGCGAAGGCCCGUAUAGGCUGGGCCCGUGAUUGAUUGAUUCCGUAUGCAAUAUGGAUUAUGGAAUACUCCCGAUGGAAGAUCCGGUAAGAUUUUGACAGCUCAAGCUUAUAGUUGCUAGAGUCCGUCUUAAUCGUAAUCUCUGUGUUUAUGAAAUUAUUAUAAAACAGAAAAUAGUUUUAAUAAUUCUGCUUAUGUCUUUCGAUGAUUUAAGUGCUGUUUUUUUUUGAUCUUUUCGGAAAAUUAUCUAAAAUUUGUUGUUGCUUUCUUUUAUUAAAAAAAAUGUGUGAAAUAUGUAAACCUUUGUCUGGUAUAAUCUAUUGUUUUGCUCUA